AUGAAUGAGUUGGACUCAUGGAAUAGAAAGUGGAGAACCCUGUGGUGUUGGACUCAUAUUUAUGUGCAUUACAAAAGAGCUCAGAUACACACAAGAAAUUUGCCUGAGGAAAUAAGAUACGCAUAUUGGAAUAAUAAACACUAUCAAUUUGCUGAAUUAAUAUGGAGAAACAUAUCAGAGUUACGAGAGUGGUGGAUUAAAGUAGGUCAAUUUCUAUCAACCAGAGGUGAUUUAUUUCCGAAAGAGUAUGUGACGUAUUUGGGUAAAUUACAAGAUAUGAUGCCAUGGAUGGAGUGGAAUGUCACUGAAGGAAUAUUAAGAAAGGAAUUGGAUCCGGACCUGGACGAAAUCUUUAAAGAGAUACAAAGAAAACCAAUAGCAGCAGCAUCUAUAGCACAAGUACAUAGAGCAAUAUUGAACGGAGGAGAAAAUGUAGUAAUUAAGAUACAGUAUCCAGAUAUUCAGGAAACUUUGAAUCAGGAUAUGAAGAAUUUAGAGCAAUUAACUUGGGCUUUUGGCUUGGCAGAGAAAGAUUUUGAUUUUAUUUCAAUAUUAAACGAGUGGCAAAAUUCUGCAACUAAAGAACUUGACUUUAAAAAUGAGCUAAAAAAUCAAGAGAGAGCAUAUAAAAUGUUUAAGGAUUCAGAAAUAGAAAUUAUGAUUCCAAAAGUUUAUUCAAAGUAUAGUAAUGAGAAGAUAUUAACAAUGGAAUAUAUUCAAGGGUUUAAAAUAAUAGAUAAAAUGUUAUUAAAAAAGUUUCAAGUUAAUAAAAAAGAGUUGCUGGAAACAUUAUGUGAUUCUUUUGCGUACCAGAUCCACAUUGAGGGUUUUUUCCAUGGAGAUCCUCAACCAAGUAACAUUUUUGUGGUGUAUGACCAAUUCAAGAAGAAGUAUAUUCCGGCAUUAUUGGAUUGGGGAGUUGUCCAGAUUUUUGAUAAAAAGAAACAAAUUGCAUUUUCAAAAAUGGUAUAUAGCCUUUCAACAUUAAAUUUGAUGGGGUUUAUUGAAUCAUUUGAGGAAAUGGGAUUUCAAUUCAAAAAAGACCAACAAAAUUUUAAAGAUCCAGAGAUAUAUAUGGAUGCUUUGAGAAUAGUUUUUAAAGAAACUGAUAUGGAUCCAAUUGAGCAAGUUUCAUUAAGGGAAUCAGGAUAUGCAGCAUAUAAAACAGUAACAGAGUUUUCUUAUAUGAAAAGUAAGAAAAUUGAAGAAUUGAAUUCAGUAGAGGAAUGGCCAAAAGAUUUAAUAUUUUUUGUAAGAAUUAUAUCAUUAAUACAUGGGAUAUGCCUAGAGUUGAAUGAAAGUAUACCAUUAUUGAAAAUAUUAUCCAGAAGAGCACAACAAUUCUUGUAUGAAAAGUCUUUCAAUUUGGAAUUAAGUAAUCCAUUAACUAAAGGAUUUACAAAUAAGUAUGAAAGAAGGUUAAAUGAUUAUAUAGAAAAGAUCAUGAAGGAGAAUGAUAUACUGGGAUUACAGGUGUCUGUAAUAAAGAAUGGAAAGAAUUUAGCAAUUAUUUCAAAAGGUAACAAAGGAGAACUUAAUGGAAAUAAGAUUGAUGAAAAUACAUUAUUUAAUGGUUUCUUUAUAAAUCUUGGAAUUUUGGUUAUUGCAAUAUUAAUAUGUGUGGAAAGAGGUUAUAUAUCAUUGGAUGAUCCAAUCUGUCACUAUUGGGAUGGUUUUAUAAGAUAUGGAAAAAGAAACAUAACAUUAAGGCAUGUACUUAAUCAUAGAUCUGGUGUUAUUUCAUUUUUUCCUGAAGAUUUUAGUUUAAAUGAAUUAUUAAAUUAUGAAAAUAUGAUGAGGAUUAUUGAAGAUUCUGCUCCUCAAAUACCAAUAAAUCAUAUUACACGUUAUAAUCCAUAUUUUCUAGGCUGGGUAUUAUCAGAAUUAAUAACAUUAAUAACUAAUCAACCAACCACUAAGUUUAUUGAAGAAAAUAUAAUAAACCCACUUGGUUUACAAGAUGGUAUAAAGAUAUAUAUACCAGAGUGUAAUUUAAGUGAAGAAAUAAAUAUUAGUAUGUCUGAAGAAGCUAAUGAAAAGAGUGUUAAUAACAAUAGUAAUACUAAUAGUAUGUUCUUGUUUCCUCUCUUUUCUCCACGUUCCUCAACUUCAAGUUUAAAGGACAAAUUGGAGAAUGGCACUGGAGGUCAAAUAAUGAAUGAAAUAAAAGAAAUAAUCAUACAAAAGCUAACUCCAGAAAGAAUGAAAAAGAGAGAAAAAGAAAGUAUUCAAAAGCAAGAAGAAACAGAUGAAUGUAUUUAUGAAGAACAAGAUUGGAUUUGGUUUUCUGAUAGAUAUGCAAUGAUAAGUAGAAGGAUGAAUUUUCCUUCAAUAUCUUUUAAAAAUGUGUUAAAGAAAUUUCAUUCUUCAACUUUUUAUUCAAGAAGAGACCAAUCUUCAAAAUUAUCAACUUUAGAAUGCUUUUAUUUAAAACCAUAUAUACUAGAUCCUCUAAUAUAUAAUUCAAAAAACCUAAUAAAUAAAUGGAUACCACCAACAAAUGGAAAAUAUACAUCUUUAUCAUUAGCGAAAUUAUAUGCUCAUUUAAGUAAGGGGGAUAUUAUAACAAAUGAAUUCUUGAAAGAAAUUACAAAAGGUCAAUCAAUUAUGUAUGACCAUUCUAUAGAGGGAUUAAUAUUAACAUAUGGAGGCCCAAGAAAAUGGUCUUUGGGAUUUCAAAUUUUAGAGUGUAGCAAAAUUAAUAAUAAUGUUCAACAAGAACAAAUGAUUGAUUAUGAAAAUAAAUCAUUUAAUUCAUGUCUCAAAGGAAUUGGUCAUUCAGAUACUGGUGGUAAUUUAUCAUUUUGUUUUCCAGAAAUUGAUUUAUCUAUAGCAAUCUUGACAAACGAUUACGUUAAAGGAUCUUAUAUAUCUCAAUUGAUAUUGCGUCAAAUAUUAAAAAAUUUUGGAUUAUAUUUGGAUAACUACGUUCCAUUACUUUUUUAG